AUGCCUGGGGCGGGAUUCCAGCGAAGAUUGAUCAAGGUGCGAAAGAUGACAGCUGACAUGAUGAACAUUCCGUAUGAAAGAGUCAAGGAGGAUAUAACAUCUGGAUUCGCCAGGCCGUCCUUCUCGAAGUGGCUGCUUGAGAAAUAUUCACAAGGCGGACAUCCAACCCCAGAGGAGGAAACUGAGAUCAAGUGUGCGGCAAGUCUUAUGUAUGGAGCUGGAUCCGACACGACGAUGACCGCUCUCCUGUCAUUCGUUCUCGCAAUCGUACUUCAUCCUGACGUACUCUUGAAGGCGCAAGCAGAGACCGAUCGCGUGAUUGGCAAUGGACGUCUUCCCGAUUAUGAGGACAGAAAUUCGUUGCCCUAUCUUGAAUGCAUGUUGAGAGAGAUCUAUAGAUGGAACCCGCCUGUUCCUCUUGGUAUACCGCACCGAAUUGUCGAGGAUGAUGAAUUCAGAGGAUUUCAUAUUCCAGGUGGAUCAAUGAUCAUAGCAAAUGUAUGGGGCAUGACAAGAGACCCAGAAAUGUAUGCUGAUCCUGAAGCUUUCCGGCCUGAGCGAUUCGAGGAGAUGGACAAAGUAGAAGCCGAUCUGAAGGACCCACGCAGGAUGGUUUUUGGUUUUGGGAGACAGUGCGGUUUCCUUUCGAGACUUGGUUUUAAAAUAUGGCUUGCUAAAGUAGAGCGUAAAGCGUCUGCGCUGGACGUCUCCUCGGGGAUGGCACCGUAUGGCUCGCUAUGGCAAGGAUGGUAG